CAUGGCCACCCCACCCAGCCUGAGCAUCGCAGUCCUCCUCUUCCCCGACCAUCAGAAUCUCGAUGCCGUGGGUACCAUGGACUACCUCAACAGCCACAGCCAAGCCUAUCUUGCAAAUUUCCCCACCGUCCAGCACCUUGGCCCCAAGGCUCCCAUCUUGACGUGAUACUUCGACUCCGACACCUUGGGCCCAAUAACAGCCAUCUCUGGCCCUAAAUAGUUCCCAACGGAUACUUACGAGACGUGCACGCCGGUGGAUUGUAUCCUCGUAUCCGAGAUCAACCCCUUGUCCAGUAUUUUGAUGUAUAAAGUCCGUGAAAAGGAGCAAUGGGACGAUCUGAAGGUCCUCUUACUGACAGUCUGCACUGAUUCUCUAGUCAAAAACAGGUGUCCUGGGCGGGUACCACAGUCUCCUCCAACAAAAUGGCGCUGAGGAAAGUGGUUGACGCAAGAAGCUUAGACAAUGCGUUGGGUGGGUGAUGCGGGAUGGGUGAAAGAUGGGAGGGUGUGGAGUCUUGCAGGGGUUACGGUGGGAUUGAGUUUGCGAGAUCGUAUUUUGAUUCGGAGAUGGUUGAGUUUGCAAAUGUGAUUUCGGAGGAGGUGGUUAGGUACAUCAUUCGGAUGCAGGCCAACAAUUGCGCAUCCACCGUACUCGUCUAG